AUUGGCCACAGAGACCCAGCCCGAGUUUCCCAUCGCACUGAGCACUGAGAUCCUGCUGGAAGCUCUGCCGCAGCAUGAGCUCCGCAGCCGGGUUCUGCGCCUCACGCCCCGGGCUGCUGUUCCUGGGGUUGCUGCUCCUGCCACUUGUGGUCGCCUUCGCCAGCGCUGAAGCUGAAGAAGAUGGGGACCUGCAGUGCCUGUGUGUGAAGACCACCUCCCAGGUCCGUCCCAGGCACAUCACCAGCCUGGAGGUGAUCAAGGCGGGACCCCACUGCCCCACUGCCCAACUGAUAGCCACGCUGAAGAAUGGGAGGAAAAUUUGCUUGGACCUGCAAGCCCCGCUGUACAAGAAAAUAAUUAAGAAACUUUUGGAGAGUUAGCUACUAGCUGCCUACGUGUGUGCAUUUGCUAUAUAGCGUACUUUUUUUUUCCAGUUUCAAUCUAACUGUGAAAGAACUUCUGAUAUUUGUGUUAUCGUUAUGAUUUUAAAUAAACAAAAUAAAUCAA